CCUGGCAACCAGGUGAUUAGCUUCAGCUGCUGCAGAGACCAAGCUUUCCCUCCACAGAGACGGAUACACAUCCAGCUGUGUGUGUAUGUGCCUGUGGUUCAGCAUGAACACUGUUGUCUUCAUUUUUGGGCUGGCCUUGAGCUGCUGUGGGUUCACAGAAGGAAAACCAAGAGGCCAACUGGAGGGUUUUGUUCAGUAUGAGUGUCGGGACCGUUACCUGUGGAUCCGUGUGGCCUCAGCACAGACGCCUCGCUUUGAGGCUGUAGAUGGAAAUGAGGUCCACUCCAUCAGCGAGCAGCUCGCCUCGCGCUGUGGUUACACCAUCAGCUCUUUCAACAUGGACGGCUUCACCUCCUUCAGGGCUUCAUUCUACUCCUGCUUCACCCACAACCAGAAUGACGAGGUGUUCACCUUCAGCUUCAACGUGAUGGUGAGUGACAGCAGCAGCAGGUGGACCAGCCAAACCGUUUCUGCCAUGUGUUCUGGUCUCAGCUGGACCCACAGAGAGAUCACCUGUGAGGAGAACUACAUGGAGGUGAACGUGAACAGAGAGUCCAAGUGUGGAGGUCAGAGGGGGGCAGGGGAGCAGGCGUGGCAGGAAGCCAUCUUUCAGGCUCAGAAGAAGGCCAGUCUAGCCUGGCAGUUGAUGUUCCUGAAGAGUGAUGGACAGGUGUCCUCCAUGUCCAUACCUGAAGCUCAGAAGUGGGGCUACAGCCUGACUGUCACCACCAAGAGAGUGGUGCUUCGAUCUCCGUACAACCAACCGCACGCUGAGGUCAUGAUGGUGGACGGCAUCCCUGUGGAGACCAUCCAGGUGUCUUUGUUCUUCAAGCAGAAGUUGUUGGUGGUGAUGAUGGACAUGUCCAUGGCCUGCACAGUCAAUUCAGGCUCUUAUGACGGUGCCCGGCUGCUGUGGGACAUCCCCCGGGUUUUACCACCUGUGGUUGGGGAGGGAGCAGAAUUUGACAGUUUAAGCUUUAGUCUGGGGCUGGACGGGGUGCUGCUGGACGAACCCACCACCACUUCCAGAGGAUUAAGCCUGAUUCAACAGGGAGCACUGGUAAAGAUUGGAGUUCCUUUUGGGACAGAAGGCGGCUCAAGGAAGAGUUUGGUGGUUCAAAACAUGUACAAGGAGAUGUACAUGAUCCUUGUGCUGUAUGAACACGUCUUCUCUCUGACCUACGAGGAUGGCAGCAGCCUCGACACCAAACUCAGAAUGAUGAAAGUGCUUGAGACACCGCUGAUCUGCCGCCAACCCUUCAGCCUCAACCAGACUAUCAGUGAUGACCAAAAGUUUCGUAUCUACCUGGGAAACAUUCCAGCUGACGUAAUCUUGGAGGAAGUUUGGAUCAACGGGAAGCAGCUGCUGACAUUUGAGAAGCCGACACGAGGCCUCAGCAUCAGUCCGAUUGUCCACGGGAACGGUAGUCGAGCCUACGAGCUGCAGCUGCCCUUCAGUGAUGCUGCUGUGCGCUGGAUGAAUGUGGGUGGAGGUGUACUACGGUAUUACAUAGAUACCAACUUUACUUUAACUAUCAUGCCCCAGAGACAGUCCUACUACCAUCACACAGUCAUCACAGCACAAGUGUUCAAUGCAUUUCCUCCAGAGAUUACAGCACAGUGUUUGGAUGGAGGCAUCUCCUUCAGUGUGGUCAGACAGUCUCAGAGUCUCUGGGAAGUGGGCAUUGAUCAGGAACCUUUGACCACCCAGCUGGUUGCCCAAAGAGGGUACCGGCUUCACAACGACGACCACAAAACCAUCCUGGAAGUCCCAAUUUUCUCCGUUGGGUACACUUAUGAAGAAAUCAACUUGUCAAACUUCUAUGCAACAUUUAAGCUGCUUUUAAGAGACUCCAAAACUCUGGAAGUCCAAGCGUCCACCUCCAAACGCUGCCUCUUCAGAACUCAAGACAUGACGGUUUGUUCUGGAGACGGGACUGUGACUGUAGUGACGACGCCAACGGUCACCUGGCCCAUGGUGAAGCCUGAAAGAACAAGUCUACUGGACCGCAGCUGUAGACCUAAACAGACGGACGGAUCCAGAGUCCUUUUUGAGUUUAAGGUGGACUCCUGCGGGACCAGAGCUACGUCUGGGGACUGGUACAUGGUCUAUGAGAACGAGAUCCUCCAUGACAGACUGCUGAUUGCAGACGGACCAAACUUCAUCUCCAGGGAGUCUCAGUUCAAGGUAACCGUGAGGUGCUUCUAUCCCCUCGGUGCGGUCAACAGAUUAUCUGUGGACCGGAGAUUCACCUCAGCUCCUGGGUUUGGCUCCAUCAAUGUGUUUGAAAGCCAGAAAGAUUCAGUGAACAAACAGUGUUCGCUACAAGGUUCUGAGAACACCCUCAAUGCCCCACCUAAUCAACACCACCCAAACCCAGAUGCUGGGGGAACAAAGCAUCAACCAAAACCAGGCCAGAAUCAUUUCAUGGUUCCAGGAGGAAGCAGCAACCUGUUUCCUCCCCAACAUCUUCCAAACCAGGAAACUCCAGCCCACCAUACUCCUGAGUUACCUGGUGGCAGAAUGCAGUGGGUGCAUCUCAACACACCGAGCAAGAACAUUGUAGAAGGCAGUGGAACACCAGGAUUACAAAGACAGGAAUACCCAACAUUAGAGACAUGGGGCAGGAUUCCUGAUCCUCCAGUUGGUAAACAACAGCAAGGCAGCUUGAGUCAGAUGUUGGAGAGUACAAACAACUUAAAUCAAGGAGUCUGGUACUCUGGCCCAACAUGGGAACAGUCUGUUUCUGAUCAGAAUAAAGAUCAGGAGAGACUUCAAGUCUAUCCCUUUGUCAACAUGCCAGACUUGAGCCAGCCACCUGAGUCCAAGCCAGUUUCUAGCCUUCAUGGGUUGUUAGGGGGUGGCGGGAAAAUGUCCAGCGAGGUGGAAAGGCCAGUCUUCCAGGUUCAAAGUCUGCAUAAGCCACCAGAAACCCCCCAGCUUUACCUACAACCUGAUGAUGCCAAACAAACCCUUUCCACAACCACAGUCCCAGACUGGUCUGAAUUCCUGCAGGAGUCUCUGAGCAACAGGCCAACCAGUGAUCUCCAAAACCCAGACAAAAACUGGCCAGUUGGAAGAAGGAAUGCCCAGUCCAAAGUACAAAAUGUCAAAGUAAAACCUCCAAGCAAAUUUGUGUCUGCUGCCCCACAUCUCAACCAGAAACCUGUCGUUAAAGAAGCAACCUUCCAGAGCUCCCAGUACGCCACCGAUCUAACAGCCGACAGCGGUACCAGAACCCACUGGACCGCCAUGCAGACUCCUGAGCAUAGAGGUUCAGCUACAACAGGGAAAACUGUUCCAGAGGUUUCACCAUCAGCACAAGAACAAGGCCUUCACAGACCCUACGUUAAACCAGAUCAGUCUGCAUCAACCACUGAGCAGUCCCAGACCUGGGCAGGUCUGCAGCAGAUGCUGGAACACCUGUCCCCAACCCGGACGGGGCUGCAGCAGAAGCCAGUCCAGCAUCUGGCUGAGACAGGAAAUGGAAAAAUUAAAUUGGUUUCUUCCCAGAGAGAUGUUCAUCCAGUGGCAGGAGUGUCUCGCAUCAGAGUCAAACCUGUUGGUCUUUCAGUAAAACACCAGACCAAAAACCAGUCUGCAGUCUGGCAGCACCCAGAAUCUGUCUCCAAAGCAGAAGCCAGCAGGUUGCUUGACGACAGCUUUGUGGACCCCAGCCCUACAAAGACCAGGGUCCACAACCCCACAACCAAAAGACCUGGUUUUACUUCACAAACAGACCCUGAUGGCUCUGAUAAUUCAGACAUGAACAUCCAAAGUAAGCAGGAUUGUCGUGAGUCCGGUCAGCGUGGAGCAAGUGUUAACCAAGGCAUUGUCAGAGGUAAACGGAUUAGCUGAAAGUGUCAUCUGCAAACCCCGAAUUCAAUAAAGUUUCUAAGAACUGUU